AUCUAAUUGGAUAUCAAGCCAAAAAAAGCACUCAAAACCAACCUCCAACGUUCGAGAGAGAAAGAGAGAAAGAGAGAGAAACCAAAUUCAACAGUGAGAGAGAGAGAGAGAGAGAGAGAGAGAGAAGGGAAGAGAAGAGAAGAGAAGAGGCAUGUUUGGGAGGCUCGGUUAUGGCGUGAUGGAAGGGAUUUGGGGAGGAACUUGGCCUCUCUGAAUUCCCAGUCUCUCUUUUCUUUUCUAGCUUUUCCAUCUAUUUUCUCUGCGAGGAAAGUGAUAGAAAGUGCGGGAAAGUGGAAGAAAACAGGAGGGGCCACUGAAUUUCAUCAAUUCAAGUUCUGGGUUCUGUUCAUUUGAUCAGAUUAUGGUCUCUUGGGUGGUUUUCUAGUGCUGGUUCUGUUACAGGUUCUAUGUUCAUCACAAAGUGGGCAUAGAAGCUGUCUUGACUUUUGGAAAAUAAAGCUGGCUCUAAGAUAGCUUGGUUUCUUUGGGUCAUGUCAGAAGAUUCAUUUCUUCAAUUUGCUUUUUCUAUUGGAUGGCUUGAACUUCCUCUUCUUAAUCCUUGCUUCCUGUUGUCUGAUUGUACUUAGCGAGGCAAAUCUAUCUCCUUUGGCAGUGAACAAACCUGACCGAAACUUUGGCUUCGUUCAGGGCAAAUCUCCUUUGGCAAUAUCAAAUUGGCUUCUGAAAGGGAAAAGAAAAAAGAAAAUUCUCUUGGACAAUUUGGCAAUAUAUACAUUGAUAUUCGUAGAUCCGGCUCUUUUGGGCAAAUAUCCUUUGGCAUUACUUACAAGUUUCUCUAGCUAGGCAGUGCUGCGUUGGCAGUUUUGGAAGGUCUUAUCCAUUGUUGGGAAGUUAUCAUUUGUUUGGUUUGCUUGAAACUCCAACCUGGCUAUUUGGUAGAUCUUCUCUGCUGCACAAUUUCUUUAUCUAGGGAUUUUCACUGCAACGUGUUGGGAAAAUCUCAUUUGGCUGUUCCUUCUAGCAGAAACUUCAGUCCAUUUGUUGGGCAAAUCUCCUUUGGCAAUUGGGAGUCAAGUAGACUACCCCCUUAGCUCUAUUUGGGCAAAUCUCCUUUGGCAUCACAUCUCCAUUUUUUGGAGGUACUAUCUUAGGUCUCUGCAUCGCAAGAUCAGAUUGAUCUAAAGAUACAUAUCUAUUUUUGAAGAUUUACAGUGAUACUUAUCAUAUCAUCAUUUGGUAUCAACAACAAGAGCAGAUCCUUACUACAAUACAUCUGUCUCAAAAUAACGUUUGGACCAACAGAGGACAUGGAGUGUUGGUAAUCAUUUUUGUCUCUGCUCUAGAAACCAUCCAAAUCCGAUCCUAAAUUGCAGAUAUAUUCGGAUAGACAUCCAAACAAUGGAUUUCUUCAGUGAUCUCGACAGUUUCAGUGAGAGUAGUUGCAGUGAGGAGCAAGAUUACAUUGAAAAUAUAUAUGGUGGGCAGGCCAGUAACAUUCUAUCAAGCCUCGAGGAAACCAUUGGAAAAAUUGAUGAUUUCCUUUCAUUUGAGAGGGGAUACAUACAAGGUGACAUUGUUUGUUCUGCAACUGACCCAUCAGGACAGAUGGGUAGAGUGGUCAACGUUGAUAUGUUUGUGGACUUGGAAAACCUUGACGGUAAAAAAAUAAAAAAUGUGAAUUCCAGAAAAAUUCGAAAGAUCCGUUCUGUUUCUGUGGGGGAUUAUGUUGUGCAUGGGCCGUGGCUUGGAAGAGUGGAUAAAAUAGUCGACAGUGUCACCAUCCUGUUUGAUGACGGUACAAAGUCCGACUUGACCACAAUGGGUCCCGAAAAGCUUGUACCUCUCUCUCCUGACUUGCUUGAAGAUUCACAAUACCCUUAUUACCCAGGACAGAGGGUGCGAGUUGAGCUCCAUACUGUUUCCAAGUCGGCUAGAUGGUUAUGUGGUACGUGGAAGGAAAAGCGAGAUGAAGGAACCAUUUGUGCUGUCGAAGCGGGUUUUUUAUAUGUUGAUUGGCUUGCCUGUGCUCUGCUUGGUUCUGAAAAGGCUCCUGCUCCACCGUGCAUGCAGGAUUCAAAAAACCUGACCUUGUUGUCAUAUUUCUCUCAUGCAAAUUGGCAGCUUGGCGAUUGGUGUAUGCUUCCAACUGCUGAUUGUAAAGGAGUUAUGGAUCAGAUUUUUCUUGGUGCAUCUACUUUUGAUCUCUGUAAAGGACAUAAGCAAGCUGAAAAAGUAUUUCAAGAAAUCUUUGUUAUUGUGAAGACAAAGACCAAUGUUGAUGUUCUGUGGCAGGAUGGAAGCCACUCAACAGGAAUAGAUUCACCUUCUCUGUGUCCUGUAAAUAUUGUUGAUGCCCAUGACUUUUGGGUCGAUCAGUUUGUGCUGGAAAAGGGUACCUGUGAUGAUCCACAUGUUCAUGGUGCCCAAAGAUGGGGUGUUGUGAGAUGCGUCGAUGCAAAAGAACGGACUGCAAGAGUGCAGUGGAAAAGUCUUGCAGUUAAUCAAGUUAAUGAUUUGGUGGGAGAGCAGAUAGAGGAGGAGACUGUGAGUGCUUAUGAACUAGUUGAACACCCCGACUACUCCUAUUGCCCUGGUGAUGUAGUGUUUCAAUGGGAAAAGAACCAGUUAGUUGAUGAGGAGGCUGAUCUUAAAGUUAAGAACUGCGGUGAAGAACAAAAUGUUUUCUUGAACAAUGAUUACUUAUCAUGUAUUGGCAUUGUUAUGGGCUUCAAAGAUGGGAAUGUUGAGGUGAAAUGGGCAAGUGGUCAUAUAACAAAGGUUGCACCUUAUGAAAUCUUUCGAAUGGAUAAAUAUGAAGGUUCAUCACCUAAUCUUGUGCCUCAUGGGGAAAAUGUUGAGCAAUUGACUCAGGAGAUGACUCGGUACGACGAACAACCCUUGCACCCCAAGGAAAAGGUUCUGUUGGACAUUGGUUCCCAUUUCCUUCCUCAAGCUGCAAUUGGGAUUUUCACCAGCAUUGUGGGGAGUCUAUUUGGUUCUGUGGGUUCCACAUCACGGUCAGGUACAUCUGACCUUGCUUUAGAAGAGAGACAUGACUUAGUGUCUAACAGUGAGGAAGAUUUGCCGGAAUCUUGUAACUUGUGCACUGAGGACCCACCAGUGGUAGUAGAUGACGUGAAGACAUUUGGACAGACAAAUUUGGGGCAGAAAGUCAAAGCUACCGAGGAAGAGAAAGCCCCUUCAUUCUCAUCGGGCUGCAAGUACUUGGAAUCAUUUAAACAGUUUGAUAUGGUCACUGAUUGCUUGGACCACCACUUUUUUGACAGUGCCGGCAAAGGAUUACCAUCAUCACAGUUGAAAAGAGGUUGGUUGAAAAAGGUCCAGCAAGAAUGGAGCAUUCUGGAGAACGAUCUUCCUGAAACAAUUUAUGUUCGUGUUUAUGAGGAAAGGAUGGAUUUGUUGCGGGCUGCCAUCAUUGGUGCACCUAGAACUCCAUACCACGAUGGGCUUUUCUUCUUUGACAUUUUCUUUCCUCCCGAGUAUCCUCACGAACCUCCUUUGGUGCACUACAGAUCUGGUGGUCUCCGUGUCAACCCUAACUUGUACGAGUCCGGCAAAGUCUGUCUUAGUCUCCUCAAUACUUGGACAGGCAGUGGAACUGAAGUAUGGAAUCCGGGGAGCUCCACUAUUCUCCAAGUUCUCCUAUCCCUCCAGGCCCUUGUGCUUAAUGAAAAGCCUUUUUUUAAUGAAGCCGGAUAUGAUAAGCAGAUGGGAAGAGCCGAGGGAGAGAAGAACUCAGUGAGCUACAACGAAAAUGCCUUUCUUGUUAGCUGCAAGUCCAUGCUAUACCUUCUACGCAAACCACCCAAGCAUUUUGAGGCAUUCGUGGAAGAACACUUCAGCCAGCGCUCUAAAGAUAUUUUGUUGGCUUGUAAGGCAUAUAUGGAAGGAGUUCCAGUUGGCUGUGCUUUUGGAUACGGAGAAAGUGAGCAAGAAAAUCAACAUGGGAAUUCUACGGGGUUCAAGAUAAUGCUUUCUAAGCUCUACCCUAAGCUUGUGGAAGCAUUUACUGACAAGGGUAUCGAUUGCAGCCAAUAUCUUGAUCCUUGAAUUUGAAUGUGAUCUUGCGGAUGUAAGUACCGUUAUAUAUAUACAUAAUCGAGACAUUCCUGGUAUGUGUAUAAUACAAUGUGUGAUUGGUAAAACGCUUGGUUUGAUGUUUUUCCUUGGUGAAUAUGUUUGAGGAAAGGGUAGCACACGUUCGUGAAUGUUGUGUGUGUUUUAUCUGUAACAUAUGAUGGUUUGUGGAACUCUUCAUAUCGAGAACAAUAAUAAGUUUGGUGUGUUUGAUAUAUA